AUGUCAUUUUGUAAAAAAAGAGACAACAUAACAAAACUUAAUCUACUUAAAUUGGUGCAAAUCAAAGAAGAGAUCCAUUUCAAUUAUGAGGUCCUGGUUAAUGCGUUGAAUUUACGCUACGGUGAAGAGCACAUGAAACAAAUAAAUUGGUUCCAGUUACGAAACCGGGAGCAGCGACUUGGAGAGUCAACGAAGCAGCUUGCACAGGAUAUUGAACGGUUGACUCUGCUGUCAUACCCACAACGCAGAAAAGAAACUGGAUUGGAAGCGUUUGUAAAGGCUGUUCGAGAUUCAAAUUUUAGACAAACCCUCAUACUAGCGGACAAUCGCAGCCUCAAAGACGUCGUUGCCUACAGUCUUACAUUCGAGUCAGCUAAGCAAGCAUCAAAGACUGACGCCAAUUUUGUGAAGAAUAUAGAAGACAUCUACAACGAAAUUGUAAACAACGCCCUGGAAACAAUUACUGUCGCUAGUGUGCAGAACAAAAGAUUGGAAGAUGACCCCGCGUCACGACCGACUGUCUCAAACAGGGAGGCGGGAUGCUAUUUGAAAGCCAAUUUUGCGGUGUAG